AUGACGCUACAUCGAGAAGCAUUUUCCAAAUCCCGGGCCAAGCUGACCCGAUGCGAGGCCGAACUCAAGAAACUCGUGGAGGAGAGAGAUGGCCUCAAACUCCUCUACAUUCAAAAAGAAAAGGAGAUUAUGGAGCUCCGAGCCAAACUGACUAGGGCUCAUCGAGAACAGACUGAGCUCAUCGAGCAGAAGGGCGAGCUGGUGGAACAGCUUCGAGAGGAGGCCACGAUUAAGGAGGCCGAGACCCUGGGGCGGAAACAGCAUAUGGAUCGUCUUGCCUCGGAGAAAGACACGCUUCGGGCCCAACUCACUUCAAUCGAUUGCCAACUGCAAAGUGUGAAGGAGGAAAGCUUAGCCUUGGCCCAGAAGAUUGAGGAGCUCGAGGCUAAGUUGGCCGUCGAGCAUGCAAAGGCUAAAUCGGAGGCGCUUGUGGCCUCUUACCGAGUUGACGCCGAGGGUGCCAACAUUCGGGCACAGGAGAUCUAUGUUGGCGCCGAAGUCAAAUUGUCGUGUGCUGUCGAUCAUGCUAGGCGACAAUCUCAUAGAGAGACUCUCGAGGAAGAGCAUGCUCGUGGCUUCAACCUCUCAGCCGAUAUCGAGAGUGCGAAAGCUUUAGAGGACGAGGCCUCAGCUUUGCUCUCCGAUGAUGAAAACUCUGCUAGUGGAUCCCAGAGUGCAAGAGAUGAGGAUGAAGCCCCCGAAGAAGCGGCUCCCGAAGAUGUGGCUCCCAAAGUGGACUAG